AGAAGUGCGGCAUAUCUCUAAAAGAAUCGUUUUGAAAUUAUUUUUAAUCAGACACAAAACAAGAAAAACACGAGGAAAAAGGUUGUACUGUACUGUAUGUAAAAAAAUCGUUUCAAAAAAUUGGGAGACCGGUUUCAGAUUGCACCAAAGGCCUGAGAAAGAGAAUGGACCGUCUCUCAAAUGCGUUUUCGGUGCUGGAGAUUCACGUCGAAGACCAUCAACCCCCUUCCGCCUCUUCUUCCACUUCCAAAACUUCAGGUAAGAGCAAAAGCAAUGGAAAGGGUUCGACAGAUAAACAAGAGAAUCAGAGUGAAUCGAAUUCGGUGUUGAUCUCGGACAACUACAAGUUACCCCAUUGUGUGGAUUGACUUGGAAAUGACUGGUAAGUAAGCAAAGUGUUAUUUGUAACUAAUUUAGUCACCGUAAUGGUGAUUAUGUGAUGUCAAAAUGGUAUGCAUUUCAUUUCAUGUCUUGUUUAUAUCUGUUGCUAUACAGGUUUGGAUAUUGAGGUUAAUAGAAUCUUGGAGAUAGCUUGUAUAAUUACAGAUGGCAGUCUCACUAAAUCAUAGGAGGUAUUUAUUUCUUUUCUUUUCCAUUUUAGUGUCCUUGAUUUCGGAUAAGCAUUUGAUAUUUUGUUAAAACAAAGCAUCGUUUUUGAAGAAAGUAUGAUUUUGAUAAUUAUAAAUUGGUCAAAGAAUUUUCUGUUUUUAAUGUCAUUUAACCUAAUAAUGCAUAUGCAUUUUGUUGAAGUAAAAGGCCUCUUUCCUAAUGCCGUAUUCCUUAGUUCUAAUUCAGAAUAUUUUCUCUUUCAGGGUCCUGAUCUGGUUAUCCAUCAGUCAAAAGAGUGUUUAGAUAGAAUGGGGGAAUGGUGUCAAAAUCAUCAUGCAGCUAGUGGACUGACAAAGAAAGUGCUACAAAGUACAAUUAGCGAAAGAGAAGCUGAAAAGCAGGUCAUAGAAUUUGUAAAAAGAAAUGUUGGUACAUACAAACCUCAUUUAGCUGGCAAUUCUGUGUACAUGGAUUUUCUCUUUUUGAAGAAAUAUAUGCCAGAUUUGGCUAGUCUUUUCUCUCAUGUAAUUGUUGAUGUGAGCAGUGUAAGGGCUCUUUGCAUUCGCUGGUAUCCUAAAGAUCAAAAGAAAGCCCCUCCCAAAGAAAAGAAACACAGAGCCAUGGAUGAUAUCAGAGAGAGCAUAUUAGAACUCAAGUACUUCAAGGAGACGAUAUUUAAAGCUAAGUCCAUGAAGUGAACGCCACUUGCUUUUAUAGACAAAUUCAUACAACUGCUACUCAUGGUAAGAACAGUUAGGUCAUUGAACAAGUUGUUUGUAAUUUUGGUACAAGAAUUCUCUUAUGGUUAUCCCUCAAUGCGCUUGUACAAUAUCUAUUUUGUAAU